AGAAUAGAUAAGGCAAACCUUGCAGGCUUCAAAGCUGACCUCCAUUCCUCUCUGCAAAUAUUCUACCUUCAUUAAUUCUCUAACCAUGCUCUCUUCAACCUCUUUGAACCCCAUCACCAAUCCCAAAAUUCCCUUCUUUUCUUCUUUUUCAAUCCAAAACCCAUCUCUUUUAUCCUUUCAUCUUCCUUUCUCACCUUCAAAAACCCUCUUAAAACCCAUCUCAGCUACUCUGAUCCCCUCCACUCCUCCGCCUCAACAGCAACAACUUUAUCAACCUUUUAGGCCACCUCCAUCUCCACUCCCUCCUAAAUUCCGGUCACUUGACGCUCAAGGUCGCUUAGAUGUCUUAGCCAACCGGAAUGGCCUUUGGUUUGAAUAUGCGCCACUUAUCCCUUCUCUUUACCAGGAAGGUUUCUCACCUCCUUCAAUAGAAGAAAUAACUGGGAUCACUGGGGUUGAGCAAAAUAGACUGAUAGUUGCUUCCCAGGUAAGAGAAUCUCUUAUUCAAUCCAAAACUGAUGAAGAUGUUAUGUCGUUUUUUGAUACUGGUGGUGCUGAAUUGCUUUAUGAGAUAAGGCUUUUAAGUGCUUCCCAAAGGGCUGAAGCUGUUCGAUAUAUAGUUGAAAAUGGUUUGGAUGCUAAAGGUGCACAAGAUUUGGCUAGAGCUAUGAAGGAUUUCCCAAGAAGGAAAAUGGAUAAAGGUUGGAAAAGUUUUGAAUAUGGGCUUCCAGGGGAUUGUUUGUCAUUUAUGUAUUAUAGGCUAAGUAGGGAACAUGGAAAUCCUUCUGAACAAAGAACAGCUGCUUUAAUGCAAGCAUUGCAAGUGGCUGAGUCUGAGAGUGCUAAAAAAGAGGUUUCAGAAGAGUUGGAAGGUGGGGAAGACGAAAAACCAGAGAAAGAUGAUGAUUUGGAAUAUAGGGUUCGAGUUCCAGUUGUUAGGAUGCAGUUUGGUGAAGUUGCUGAGGCUACUAGUGUGGUGGUUUUGCCUGUUUGUAUGGCGGAGGAGGAUACCAAGGAGCUUUUGGAAGCACCUUUGGAAUGUAGAAGUGGAGGGGAUUUUGGUGUGGUGGAGGCUGAGAAAGGAUGGAAGAGGUGGGUGGUUUUGCCAAGUUGGGAACCGCUUGCGGGGUUAAGGCAUGGAGGAGUUGUAGUGGCAUUCAGUGAUGCCAGAGUUAUACAAUGGAAGUCAAACAGGUGGUAUAAGGAAGAGGCUAUUUUGGUGGUUACGGAUCGGAAUAGAAAGGAGGUCGAAGUUGAUGCUGCGUUUUACUUGGCGAUGGUUGAUGGGGGCGGGUUGAAGGUGGAUACAGGAUCAGCAUUGAAGGAAAUGGGUGUGAAGGAGUCUCUAGGAACUGUGGUAUUGGUGGUCAGGCCACCAAAGGAAGAAUCUGAUGAUCAAUUGAGUGAUGAAGAUUGGGAAUGAAAAGAACCGAAAGUGAGUGAUUUUGUUUUAAUCCUGAUUGCAAAUAGAGAUUACUGGAGGCCUAAUAAUGGUGCUUCAUUUCAAUGCCCUUGUAGCUACAUUUCUGCAACAUUCUAGUUGUUGCCAAAUGAUUUAGCCAAUGAACUUCAGUAUAAUACUCUGCUGCAUUAUUAGCAAGAGGCAGUUCACUGUUUGUUUUAUAUACAUUUAAAGCAUGAAUUGAUUCUACUACAAAUAUCAUCCUUUCUGUUAA